AUGAAAAAUGAGACCACUGUAACUGAAUUUAUUCUUAAGGGCUUCUCAGAUAUGCCCGAAAUGAAGCUUAUUAGCACCUUCUUUUUCCUUUUCAUCUACCUCUUUGCUGUCUUGGGAAAUAUCUCCAUCAUUGCAGCUGUGACUCUAGACAGCCGCCUCCACACGCCCAUGUACUUCUUUCUAAAAAAUCUGUCCUUCUUGGACAUGUGCUACACCUCGGUCACUGUCCCCAAGGCACUGGCCAAUUCUCUAAUGGGCUCUGAGGCCAUUUCCUUUGGGGAGUGUGUGGCUCAGCUCUUUCUGUUUGUAAUGAUGUGUGCCUCUGAGUGCUUCUUGCUCACAUCUAUGGCAUAUGACCGCUGUUUAGCCAUCCAUAGACCUCUCCUCUAUGGGGUCAUUAUGAGCAGGAAGCUGUGCACAGAGCUUGUCAUGGUGGCCUGGCUGAGUGGAGCUCUCUAUGCCAUCUUCCACACUGCCAACACCUUCUCUCUCCUUUUCUGUGGGCCCAAUGUCAUUGACCACUUCUUCUGUGACAGCUCCCCCAUCAUGAGACUCUCCUGCAGUGACUCUCACAUGAAUGAGGAGGUUGGGUUUGCCGUGGGUGGCUGCAUUAUCCUCAGUGCUUUCACCCUCACCAUCAUCUCCUAUGUUCUCAUCAUCUCUACCAUUGCUCAGAUUCACUCAGCCAGUGGUCGUCAGAAGGCAUUCUCCACCUGCUCUUCUCACCUUGCUACCGUUGUUCUGUUUUACGUCACUGGAAGCUUUGCUUACCUGAGGCCCUCUUCCCAGUACUCUCCCACUCAAGGGCGGGUAGUAUCCAUCUUUUACUCUGUCCUCACACCCAGCUUGAAUCCCCUUGUGUACUGUCUGAGGAACAGAGACAUGCAGAUGGCCCUGAAGAAAGUGUUUGUUCUAUCCAAGUAG